GUCGGGCAGCAAGUCUCGCAGCCAGUCUCGCGAGAGUUUCUGAAGUGUAGUUUCAGUGUAGCUAAAUGAAAGAUGGCGUCAUCCUACAGGAGAAGAGCCAGCCUCCUCCAGAGACAGCCCCUUUAAGACAUCCAGAGAGAGAGAGACAGCUGGAGAGACAGCUGGAGACACUCUGAACCCGGCAGAGGACAUGAAGCUGUGGAGACAGUAGCCUGCUAGCAUUAGCAUUAGCAGCUAGCUGAAGGUUCUGUAGGGAUCCAGAGAGCAGAGAACCGGAGAACCGGAGAACCGGGGCACCGGGGGGAUGAGGGAGACCAGCCGUGGAGCAGCACAGAGAGAUGAUGUGAAGGAAACACGAGGGGGGGCUCCAGAAGUUAGCUAGCUAUCCAGCUAGCCGGUCAGCCUGCAGCUCCAUGUGAUCUCCAUCUCCUCCACACCUCCACCAGAGCGGCAGGAGAGAGCCAGCUCCACGUUGUCCCGGAGGAGGAGGAGGGUUUAAAGAAGAAUAGAGCUUCAGCUGGUAGUUUGUGAGAGGAGCAACAGUUCCCUCCCAUCCUCCCUCCAUCUGCCCAUCCUCCUCCCAUCCUCCCUCCUCCCUGUUCAGUCAGCAGAGCUUAACUUACUCCAGUUGAAAGGGACAUGACAGAUCAGUAGGCUGCUCCGGGUUCAGGAUGAUGGCUGAAGGGUAAUAUCCAAGGAUUCACAUCCCCUCAACCCAAAGUGAGCCCACUUUCCCCUUUUUUUACUUCCAUCUGCAGUUGUGCCACCUCCCCCUGCUUGACUCUGCGUGUCCUAUCUCAGCUCGUCUCCCCGUCCGUAUGGGAUCUCAUGGGAUGCAUGCAUUCCUCAGUCGGAUCAUGUGAAUUCAUUUUAAAUUGGACAGUUCUCCUCCCGACACCCGAAGGAUGACUCUCAAAUUUGAAAAAAUUACAAUGUGAUCGGAUAUAUCAACCUCCUGCCCACCUGAGAUUGCCACCUCAGUCUGUAGGAUUCUCACUCUGGUUCCAUCACCUGUUCCCUACCUGCAGCCUUUUCCACAACCCCAUCCCUUUUUCUAGUGUCAUUGGGCCAUGGUUCGCAAAAAAGGUUCUCUUAUACUAUGCGGUGCUUUCCUGUUUGUCGCCUGGAAUGCUUUGCUUCUACUUUAUCUUUGGGGUCGUCCUCCCAUCGGGCGCCUCGGAGAAGGUGGUGGAGCCGAACCAGGAGGAAAGGAGGAGUGGGCCCUGGGCAGAGGGAAAGGAGGCCAGCUCAACCUGGCCGGGGAGGUGAUCCGACUGGCGGAGGAGGUCGAAAUUCAGCUCGAGACCCAGAAAAAACUACUGAAGCAGAUUGAAAGUCACAGGGCGGUGUGGGCUCGGCAGAGAGACGUCGGGAAAAGAGAGACGGAGGAUGCAAAAGAAGUCAAACAAGAGGUUUUCCACCAGCCGCCAAAGCCUCCACUUCCUGUAAAAGAAGGUGUGGAUGAUGGGGACCAAACUCAAGUAAAAAACACACAGACGCCCGUUCACAUAGUCGCUUCGGACUCUAAGUUGGAUCAGCACCAGGCCGUUGAUAUAAAGGAGGAGAUCGGUGAGAACAAUAAAUUGGGGACUUCCGUUGCCGGCCCAAAAGUCGUCAUUCCUGUUCUAGUCAUCGCUUGUGACAGAGUGACGGUGAAACGGAGCCUCGACAGACUGAUCCAGUACCGCCCCUCUCAAGAACUAUUUCCAAUCAUCGUCAGCCAGGACUGCGGUCACGCCGAGACGGCCCGCGUGAUUGGCUCGUACGGCGAUCAAGUGACACACAUACGGCAGCCGGACCUGGGGGACAUCAGAGUCCGACCGGAGCACAGGAAGUUCCAGGGCUACUACAAAAUAUCCCGACAUUACCACUGGGCCCUCAACCAGGUGUUCAACACGUUCUCCCAGUCCACCGUGGUCAUAGUGGAGGACGACCUGGAGGUGGCCCCGGACUUCUUUGAGUAUUUCCGAGCCCUGUACCCGAUCCUGCGCGCCGACCCCAGCCUGUGGUGCGCCUCUGCGUGGAACGAUAACGGCAGAGACGCCUUGGUGGAUCCAUCCAGAGCGGAGCUCCUCUACAGAACAGACUUCUUCCCCGGUCUGGGCUGGAUGCUGCUGAAGGAGAUGUGGGACGAACUGGAACCCAAAUGGCCCUCGGCCUUCUGGGACGACUGGAUGCGUCAGCCGGAGCAGCGCAAGGAGCGCUCCUGCAUCCGGCCCGAAGUCUCCCGGACUAUCACCUUUGGCCGGAAAGGCGUCAGUUUAGGUCAAUUCUUCGACCAGUACCUUCGCUAUAUUAAGCUAAACACUGAAUUUGUGCCUUUUACCAAACAGGAUUUGUCUUAUUUGCUAAAAGAGAAGUAUGAUGAAAUGUUUAUAAAAGAGAUUUACGGCGCCCCUCUGGUGAAGAUCGAGGAGCUGCAACAAGGGGGCACCUUAAGAGGCCCUGGACCGUUCAGGGUGCAGUACUCAAGCCGGGACAGUUUUAAAGUCUUUGCUCGAAAUCUGGGGGUGAUGGACGACUUGAAAUCUGGAGUUCCUCGUACAGGUUACAGGGGCGUGGUCAACUUCCUGUUCCGGGGUCGGAGGGUGUUCUUGGCUCCGCCAGAGGGCUGGACGCAGUACGACGUCAGCUGGAGCUGAGAGACCCAUCCAGACUGGACAAUGUGAAUGGUGUUGAAGAGGAAACACCCUCUCAGACCAAAGAAUCCAGCAGACGCACACGGUGGUUCAUGAAGGACUUAGAGCAGCUGUUUGUGAGGGAAGCUUUUACAAUAGGGUGCUCGGUCAGGAUCAGCACGUUCAACGGCCACACACACACACACACACUGCAAGGAAAAGAGAAUUCCACCCUUAAAAACCUGGUUUCUAUCGGCAACGUGCCUUGCUUUCUGGGCCCAUUUUGCUUGGUGUGUUUUUUUUAUUUUAUUUCUGUGAAUAACUGGCCAAAUGUAGACUUAAAACAUCACAUCCAGAUGUUUGCAGCAGCUGUAAAUGGGAGUUUGGUAGCAGGAAAUCUUUACAGUUGUUUCAGUGUCGGUGAUAAAACACCAGAGGCCAAACAGAAGCAGAGUGAUCGUCUCUAGAACGGAGACACUACAGUGUUAAUAUCACAUGUUUUUAACUCUUUCAACUCUUCACAUCUGGCCACUGUAGACCGCAACGGUCUGUAGAUCAGGAGUCUCCAACCUUUGUUCCUCUGAGAGCUAAUUUGACAAAAUGAAAGUGGCCGAGAGCUACACACACAGCGCAACCAAGUGGUCCGUCGCCAACAGCAGACAUCCUUUCUGUCUUACUUUCAUGGUCCUUUAAUAACGUUUCAGUAAUCGCUUCUAUUACAAUCCCUCCAUCGGUGAAGGGCUUUGUGUUCCGUUAGGAUGAGCGCCGCUACACGAAGCCUCUGCUGCAGCGUUGGCCUUCUUCUUCAUCAGUUUGGUAAACAGAGACUGUCGUCUAUUAAGCGUUGUUUUCAGCUCCUUUACCUUCUCUGUUCGUAGACCGCUACCAGACAGAAAGUCCUGUGAAAAGUGAAAAGAAAAAACAAACGCCUAUAAAAACAUGACGUAAUAAUGCACCC